ACCUACACAUCACUACAAUUCCACAUUCAAAAACAAGUACAUUUCUACGUCAAAUUUUAAUACUUGUACCUAGCAAGAAAUAAACAUUAUGGAACCAGGCGGAGAAAGCAGGCAAUACGAAUCCAUUCGCGAAUUUACGAAUACCCCUCCAAAAGAUAAAGGGCAACUUGGUGCAAACCAGAAAAGUACAAUCAGUGAACUCAAGAUCCUAUCGAGAGAUGAUGAGAAUGAGCAACGAAACAAUGAUUUGACGAGCAAAGAUCCGAAUUUGAAUGGGCCCCAGACUGCGGGGAUGACGAUUGGUGUUUCGGGAGAGGUUGAUAAAGAUUUGAAGCCGGAUGCAGAGGGCAUCGAUGAAGAGGCCCGACGAACAAGAACGGCGCAGAGACUCGGACCCGGAACGGGGAUUGGUGCUUAGACCGGAUAUAUUGAUAAAGUACACGAUGUGAAGGAGAUCCGCGGAAAGAAAGGGAACGAAGUGGUUAUUGCGUGGGCGAAGUGCUGGUUGAUGCUGUCUUGGGAGGAUUGGGACUAUUCUUCACGUCCAAGGGGACUUCUCGUCGUGGUCGUUUCAAACUCUCCAAUGUGACUCCAUUACCCAGUUUCGUAAUUCCGACGACCGGUGG